GGCUCCAGCCCAUAAGUACCGGCAUCUCAAUUAUUUUUUUGCCAGAACGUACUUCAUCCCUUCAGUGAGCAGACACUCGUUCUGUGGUAAUUCAUUGGAUCAAUUAUUGCUGUAAUGCCGACGUACAAAGUGAUUUACUUCCCAGUAAAGGCUCUGGCAGAGCCAAUUCGCUUUCUUCUCAGUUAUGGAGGCGUUGAGUUCGAGGAUGAGCGAUUUGACAGGGCCGACUGGCCCGCAAUCAAGCCCACUAUGCCUUUUGGGCAAACACCUGUUUUGGAGGUCGAUGGCAAGAAAAUUCACCAGUCCACAGCGAUCUGUCGUUAUCUGGCCAAACAAUUCGGUCUAGCUGGAAAAAACGAUUGGGAAAAUCUUGAAAUCGAUGCGGCAAUCGAUACCAUCCAUGACUUACGUCUCAAAAUUGGUGCAUACAGUUAUGAGACCAACGAGGUAGCUAAGGAGGAGAAGAAGGGUCCUCUCUUCAAGGAUGUCGUGCCAUUUUAUUUGGAGCGUCUGGACGCCCAAGUGAAGAAAAACGGUGGAUAUUUUAUCGGUGGAAGACUCACCUGGGCGGACCUCGUCUUCGCUGGUCUCCUGGACUACUUGAACUUCAUGGCCAAGUUCAACUUGAUCGAGAAGUACGAGAAUCUCAAGGCUCUCAACGAAAAAGUCCUCGCAGAGCCCAAGAUCAAGGCCUGGGUGGACAAACGACCAGUCACCGAUUGCUAAAUUAAUAACCACUUGUUCAAUUAUUAUCGAUAAUAAUCGAUAUACCCACCUGUGAACAAGAUGGAUUAAUAAAAUACUGUACAAUAUGAUGUUGUCACUCGACACUCGACUAUUUUCAAAUAAAGAUUUUGCAAUUUA